CGGGGCCGCGCCCUCGGCCACUCCCCGGGGCGACCAGGCGGCUCCACACGCGCUGCGCCCGCCGCCGGCCCCACGCGCGGCCCAUGUCCUCCGCGCCGCGCUCGCCCACCCCGCGGCCCCGCAGGAUGAAGAAGGACGAGUCGUUCCUGGGCAAGCUGGGCGGCACCCUGGCCAGGAAGCGGAGGGCGCGCGAGGUGAGUGACCUGCAGGAAGAAGGCAAGAAUGCCAUCAACUCACCGAUGUCCCCCGCCCUGGCGGAUGUUCACCCUGAAGACACCCAGCUCGAGGAGAAUGAGGAGCGCACGAUGAUUGACCCCACUUCCAAGGAAGACCCCAAGUUCAAGGAACUGGUCAAGGUCCUCCUCGACUGGAUUAAUGACGUGCUGGUGGAGGAGAGGAUCAUUGUGAAGCAGCUGGAGGAAGACCUGUAUGAUGGCCAGGUGCUGCAGAAGCUCUUGGAAAAACUGGCAGGGUGCAAGCUGAAUGUGGCUGAGGUGACACAGUCCGAAAUAGGGCAGAAACAGAAGCUGCAGACGGUGCUGGAAGCAGUACAUGACCUGCUGCGGCCCCGUGGCUGGGCGCUCCGGUGGAGCGUGGACUCAAUUCACGGGAAGAACCUGGUGGCCAUCCUCCACCUGCUGGUCUCUCUGGCCAUGCACUUCAGGGCCCCCAUACGCCUUCCUGAGCAUGUAACGGUGCAGGUGGUGGUCGUGCGGAAACGGGAAGGCCUGCUGCAUUCCAGCCACAUCUCGGAGGAGCUGACCACAACUACAGAGAUGAUGAUGGGCCGGUUCGAGCGGGAUGCCUUCGACACGCUGUUCGACCACGCCCCGGAUAAGCUCAGCGUGGUGAAGAAGUCUCUCAUCACUUUUGUGAACAAGCACCUGAACAAGCUGAAUUUGGAGGUGACGGAACUGGAGACCCAGUUUGCAGAUGGCGUGUACCUGGUUCUGCUCAUGGGCCUUCUGGAAGACUACUUUGUUCCUCUCCACCACUUCUACCUGACUCCGGAAAGCUUCGAUCAGAAGGUCCACAAUGUGUCCUUCGCCUUUGAGCUGAUGCUGGACGGAGGCCUCAAGAAACCCAAGGCUCAUCCUGAAGACGUGGUUAACUUGGACCUCAAAUCCACCCUGAGGGUUCUUUACAACCUGUUCACCAAGUACAAGAACGUGGAGUGACGGGGGAGCUGUGGAUGGUGGCAGGAGUGUCCCAGCAAGAAAGGCGGCAUCCGUCUGUGCCCUGUGCCUUUCCAGGGAGCCAGGCGCCAUGGGCUUCUGGUCCAAGCUGUGUUGACUGUCAUCCCCACCCCACCCCUACCUCACGCCUGCCCCACCCCCUGCCUCUUUCGGUUGUUGUUCUUAAUCUCCUCUCCAUGUAGUUCCCAGUGGGCAAGAGCCUUUGAAAAUGCAGGAUUCUAAACACUCGUGCUUGCGUUUGAGGCCUCGCGUCACUCAGUUGCGUGGGAUGAUGAGUCCGUUGUUGUCUGCCUUGGCUGAAAGAUGAAGAAAAGCCUGAACCCCAACCCCCAGCUGACUGAGAGCACCCUGCAUUCUGCCUCAUGGUGCAAUUAGCGAUCACAGGCCUUCAGAAGUACAACAUCAGCUCAGCAGGAACGCCAGCUCCCCGAGGACCCGGGCUUGACGAUUCACCGGGGAUCUCCUGGGCUGGGCUCUCCUUGGAAGUGAGGCCUUUUAUUAAAAAUAAAAGGGUUUUGCAGUUUGAAAA